GACCAUGUACAGUAAAAACAUAAAUGUCACCAUUCGAUGCUCUGGACCAGAGUGUACCUUCAGCUAAUUAGCAUCUGUAGUCCCUUAACAGACCUAACAACAUAAAAGAAUAACAAAUAGAACAGGAUAAAUACUCACAAUGCAAAGUUACAGUACAGCAUUUUAAAUUUAAGAAGAACAUACUAUUAAAAAGUAAGUAUUACAAACCAUUAAAGGUAAGUAACAUCAUUAAAAGCAAGUAAUACAAACAUUAAAGAUAAUCAAUACACACUGUCAAAAGGAGGUAUAAGUUAGUGUCAUCAUGGGGAUGAAGAAAAAACUGAAAUAAGCUUCAGAAAGAAACAAAGCAUGUGCAUAUAUUCAUGUUGUAGCACCACAGUACUUUCAUAAUUAUGUUCCAUAAAGUUGUGAGACUGUGUGACAGAUUUAUAAAAUAAAUAAAAUAAAAUUGGUCCAAUUUAAAGCAAAGCUCCUGAUUUAAUUAUUAUUAAUAAUUUAGUAAUCUCCACGUGAAGCUGAGAUGACCCUGAUAACACCCGGUUGACUUCAUCAUUUGGUCACAGCUUCACACCAACACGUACAAUUAGCUUUACUUCGGUGGCGGGUCGGCGAUGAUGUCAUCACAUCAUCAACGGUGAUGGAACCAUCGGCGGUGAUGGAACCAUCGGCAAUAAACAGUGAAGAGAAGAAGAAUAAAUCAGACAUUUAUCUUCAAAUAGUUCCUCCUUUGAAGAAUCAUGUGAUGAAGUUUGUCUUUAACACCGUUUUAUUUUCUAACUCAUCAAAUCAGCUGCUUUAGUUUUUACUCUGAACAUGUCUUGAUUAUAUUGAACCGUUGGGAAUGUAUUUCUGCAGAAUAUUGCUGAUAAAGCGGUGCAUGAGUGAAGGUGCGUGGUCUCUACACGGUGUUCAGACCAGUGCCUGCAGGUCGGGGCCUCGGGGGGAUACAUUGUGCGAGGGUCUUACAUCUUUCGGCAACUUUCUGUGCUUAUUUGCAUUAAUUUUUUAAAGACAUAUCUCACAGAAAUUAGAAUAAUUUCACACAUGUUUAAUGUCAUUUGUAUGUGAAACUGUGAGGAGUUCUUGUGAACCUGUUGAAGAAUUUCAGCUGGUUAACCAUGACGAUGUCAUGUAUUGAGACCCAUUAUCAAACAUAAACAUUAAAAGCUUUAGAUGCCCUUUCUCAAUACUUUAGAUUGAAACAGGAGAUCAUCUGUCUUUAAAAGCACUCACACCUCGCCUCUCGUGGGACAGCUGUUAGGGACAUACCAUUGAGGAUACUGUAUUUAUUUAUUUAUUCUUAUUGGGGAGUGAGAUGUUUGCAACCUAGGGGGGAUUAAACAAAAUUGGUAAAUAAAAAUCAAUCCUUUUUUGUUUUUUACAGUGUAAUGUAACUAUAUUUAAAGCCAUCAUCGCCACCUUCAUCUUGUUAAAUGCCUUGAAUAAUUAAAAUAUAACCAAACAGUUAAGUGAAUAAUUUAAAUAUGAGAACUCCAACCACUAACAUGUGUGAGCUUGGUGAUUUGGACGGUACUUUAUUAUUAUUCAUCCUCCUCCUCCAUCCAGGUCCAGAUCGAGGCGCGGGAACCCCUGCAGUUCUCGCGGCGGCCUGCUGGGGGCGCUGUUGUGAGCAACACGGGCGCCAUCUUGAGGAGACCCCGAGCUGGUUGGUGACUGCUGACAACAAUCUCGGGCGCAUCACGAUGGGAUUACUCACGGACAAGUAGCACGGUAUCACAUCGGCUGCGUGCGGCACGACGCGAACCACCGGGGGAAGGAGACGAGCCGCCCCGGCGUGUGUGUGUUCACCUCCCCGGGUCGCCCGCUCGUUCGAGGAGCCGUGUAGCCCGAUGGCCGGUUGCUAGCCGCUUCUCCGGACUCCAGCACCGCGGCCUGCUCGGGAGGAGGAAGGGUGGCGACGCCGCGCGAUGCUCCACCGCUGACGGCCAGACCCCCCGAGAGGACCCGCCGCGAGUCAGGGCGACGAGCGCGAUGCACUUAUAGAUUGUUAUUACAUUUUUUUUUUUAACCGCUCUCAACUCUGGUGGAUUGUGCGCUGCGUGCGCAGGCUGCGAACCACAGCGAGUGUCUCGCGCCCGCCGCCGCCGCCUGAAGCCCGCGACAUGUCAUCCAACUGCAGCGGCGCCGCGGCGCCGGGCAGCGCCAGCAAAACCAAGACGAAAAAGAAGCAUUUUAUAGGACAGAAAGUGAAAUUGUUCCGCGCGAGCGAGCCCAUCCUCAGCGUGUUGAUGUGGGGCGUCAACCACACGAUUAACGAGUUAUGUAAUGUGCCUGUACCGGUGAUGCUGAUGCCAGAUGACUUUAAAGCCUACAGUAAGAUCAAAGUGGACAACCACCUAUUUAACAAAGAAAACCUGCCUAGUCGCUUUAAGUUCAAAGAGUACUGCCCCAUGGUGUUCAGGAACCUGAGGGAGAGGUUCUGCAUCGAUGACCAGGACUACCAGAACUCUCUAACGAGGAGCGCGCCGCUCAACGGCGACUCCCAGGGUCGCUUCGGCAACCGCUUCCUGUCCAGCUACGACCACCGCUUUAUCAUCAAGACCGUGUCCAGCGAGGACAUCGCCGAGAUGCACAACAUCCUGAAGAAGUAUCACCAGUUCAUCGUGGAGUGUCAUGGCAACACGCUGCUGCCUCAGUUCCUCGGCAUGUACCGGCUGACGGUGGACGGCGUGGAGACGUACAUGGUGGUGACCAGGAACAUCUUCAGCCACCGGCUCACCGUGCACCGCAAGUACGACCUGAAGGGCUCGACGGUCUCGAGGGAAGCCAGCGACAAGGAGAAGGCCAAAGAGCUGCCGACCUUCAAAGACAACGACUUCCUGAACGAAGGCCAGAAGCUGCAGAUAGGAGACGACAACAAGAAGUACUUCCUGGAGAAGCUAAAACACGACGUGGAGUUCCUGGCCACCCUAAAGAUCAUGGACUACAGCCUCCUGGUGGGGAUCCACGACGUGGAGCGGGCGGAGCAGGAGGAGAUGGACGUGGAGGGCGUGGGCGAGGAGGAGGAGGAGUACGACAACGACGGCGUGCUCACCGGCUCCUUCGGCACGCCGCCCGACAGCCCCGGCAACCCGCUGACCUGCGGCGGCUUCUUCGGCCCCGGGGAGUUCGACCCCUCGGUGGACGUUUACGCAAUCAACAGCCACGACAGUGUUGUGAAGAAGGACGUGUACUUCAUGGCGAUCAUUGACAUCCUCACACACUAUGACACCAAGAAGAAAGCUGCACACGCGGCCAAAACUGUGAAACACGGGGCGGGGGCCGAAAUCUCGACGGUGAACCCGGAGCAGUACUCCAAGCGGUUCUACGAGUUCAUGUCCAACAUCCUGUCAUAGACUCAUCUCCCCGUCCGCCACUUCCUGUCAUAGAUCUGUCGAAUGCCACGCACUUAUUCCCCCCCCCCCUGCUGCCUAUAAGCCCAGAAAAAAAAGACCUACCAGUGUCCUCCACCGCCAGCACGAGUGUGGGACACACAGCACUUAUUCCCCCCCCCCCCCCCCCCCCACACACACACGGCUCACCCAUCUACGAGCUGACUGCAACAAAACCUCCUGAAACUCGUCUCUGAAUUCGUAACGACGCUCCGAUAAAUCUCCCCGUUCUUUUCCACCUUCCUCCCGACUCCUCGCUGCUCCUCACGCCAGCACGGACGCCGUCUCACUAAAUGCCUUGAACACGCACACGCGUGUCCGCUUCAGCUUCAGUUACCGUCUGUACAGUCUCUUUGGUUUCUGUUCACGUCGUCGUGGUUCUUAUCAUUUCUAUUAGACACAAACACACACACACACACAGAUGUAAACAAGUUGCACAGAUAGAUGCUGAUUGGUCAUAUUGCAUGACAAACACUCUCUCACAACAACAACAAAAACAAAAGCACUGCUGACCAAUUGGAACCACAGGGGACAAACACUUUAAUAUAUAUCGGUAUAUUAAGUAAAUUAAUGCAAUAUCAAAAUGCAUGGCUGAUGUGUACAUGAGACUCCACCAGUAAGUUGAAAACAUCAAACCACUGAACUUAGCAUCUGAGUGUUAUGACAAAAAAACUAAAAAAAACUUUAAAAUAAUUGGUGUUUGAAUGUAACGUUGCCAUAUUGUUUUUGAAUAUUUCCGACAUUUUAAACGUGAGCUUGGCGGAUGUUGGUCUGAGAAUAGAAAUUCCCAACAGACGGGGAAUUCUGCAGCAAAGUACUUUGUUUUAUUACCAUAAGGAUCAUUUUUAUAUCUUGUUUACAUUAAUGUAGCAAUUUUGUGUUUGUAUACAGUAUUGUUUUGUUACCAACAGACAUUCGAGGAAAAAAAAAGGUUACUUGAAAAAUGAUUCAUUGCAUAUUAAAGGGAGUUUUAUCUUG